AUGCCGCAUACCACGAGCAUCCCCGUCGGCGGAGCCACCAAGCCGGAGACGAUCGAGGCCAUGGCCGGCAAUUGGAGCGACUUCCAGUUCGCUCCCAUCCGCGAAAGCCAGGUCUCACGUGCCAUGACCAGACGCUACUUCGCAGAUCUGGACAAGUACACCGAGAGUGACAUUGUCAUCGUUGGCGCUGGCAGCUGCGGGCUUUCCAGUGCUUAUGUCCUCGGUAAGGCUCGUCCUGACCUGAAGAUUGCCAUCAUUGAGGCCGGCGUCGCCCCCGGUGGCGGUGCUUGGCUCGGUGGUCAGCUUUUCAGCGCUAUGGUCAUGCGCAAGCCGGCCGACGCUUUCUUGCGCGAAAUCGGCGUGCCGUACGAAGAUGAGGGCCCAGAAUCAAGCUUCGUCGUUGUCAAGCACGCUGCGCUCUUCACCAGCACUGUCUUGUCGAAGGUCUUGCAGUUCCCGAAUGUUAAGCUCUUCAACGCCACGGCUGUUGAGGACCUCAUCACUCGCAAGGACGGCAAGGGCGGCAUCCGCAUUGCGGGAGUGGUCACAAACUGGACGCUGGUUAGCAUGCAUCACGAUGAUCAGUCUUGCAUGGACCCGAAUACCAUCAAUGCUCCAGUCAUCAUCUCCACUACUGGUCACGACGGUCCCUUCGGCGCCUUCUCCGCCAAACGACUCGUCUCCAUGAACGCCCUCUCCGCUCUCGGCGGCAUGCGCGGUCUCGACAUGAAUACUGCCGAAGAUGCCAUCGUCAAAGGCACGCGUGAAAUUGUUCCAGGCCUCAUCAUCGGCGGCAUGGAGCUCUCUGAAGUCGACGGCGCCAACCGCAUGGGACCGACCUUCGGCGCCAUGGCGUUGAGCGGUGUCAAAGCUGCUGAAGAAGCUUUGAAGGUGUUCGAGGAGCGCAGGGCUGAGUGUGCUCCGGCUGGUGCGAAGUUGAUGGCUUAG